AUCAGGACCUUAGACGUGUUGCCAGCCUGCACCAUGCUCGGCGUCCUGCUUCUCCAGGUCCUCGAGCAUACUCACCUGCUCCGCAGCGUACCAUUCCUGCAUCUUAUGCCGAUCCGCGCAUGACAGCGCCGCCACCAGAGACACAGCAAGUUCGAUACUACGAGCAGCCAGGAGAAGCUGUGGCUUAUGUGCGCGAGCGAUCACCUCCAAGAUUGCAAGAGUACCACGAUCCAUACAGUGCCCGAGCGCUGAGUCCAGUUUCGAUGCCACCACCUGCAGCUUUGCCACGUCGCAUCGUGGUCGAUCAGUACGGGAAUCGAUACUACGCAGCAGACCCCGAGCCAGGGCCAUCCGGUGCCCCUGUUGAUCGCCGAGCGCCAGAGCCUGGUUAUGAACGGGCUCCCAGUCGCAUGGCUAGAGCAUACGGAUCAAGUAACCAGGCGGCUAUAUAUGAGCAAGCGGAUGCUAGGAUGGCUCCGCCGCCACCUCGUAGACAGUACCCAGACGAGCAGACAGUCAGAUACGUUGACGCUAAUGGCUAUCCUGUUCAGCAGUAUGGCACACGUGCUGAAGUCCGGUAUAUGGAAGCGCCUACAUCUCCACUCUAUCAAGCAGCACCGACAUCUCGAUACGACAUGGCUCCUCCACCAGCUCCACCAGCCCGUGAGCAGACGUCCCCGGUCUAUGCUCCGCCAGCCCGUAGCUACAGUGUUCGCCCAGAGGCGCCACCAGCGCAGCAAGCUUACGACAGGCAAGCUAGCGUUGCGCCUGUACAGUACAUCCGUCAAGAGGCCCCACCUCCUACUCGCGCCAUGAGCGCAAUGCCAGGCUACGAGCAAGCGCGCACAUCGAGCUACGCGCCUGCACUACAAGCUGUGCAAUAUGUUGACCAGUAUGGUCGGCCUAUCUACCCGAGUGAGGUACGACAGGCUCCAGCUCCCGAGUAUAGAUAGCAGUAAUCGGCAGCUUUCUUUUGUUGGAAUAUGGAAUUUGAGCGUGGCGAGGCUUGCAAAGUGGAAACAAAUGGUCGGCAACUUGGCAUGGUGGAGCUUUGAUUGGAUUAGCUGGGCAUCUUGUGGUUCUGUAUGGAAUUGUAGUGCGUAUCUGGCAGGAGCAGGGCAGCCAUGUUCGAAAGACAUAGUCGUUGAAAGCUGUUCGCAUGAC